AGUAUUAGACAGAGUCAUCUCCCGAUGAACCGAGAUCAUGGUCCAUUAUUUCACAUCCUGUGCGUAGAGAGCUGUUCGCUGAGAGGGGUGAAAGACUACCUGUAGUCUCCAUAGUCCCCCCCUCGCCCUGAGAUCCUGAACUCGAGAAUUGAUUGCUUGGCAUCGCACAUACGAUCGUGCGGCCCAAACAAUACAAGUGAACACAAAGUCCCCGGCCCAGAUGCUGAACCCUGUCCGAGGAGGACAUGGUCCUGCGCGGAUCUUCACAUCCUCCGGUCUGGACGGGAGCCGAGUAGAUUCUCAGUGCACACAGCCGGUGUACAUACUUACUGCUGUAGUACUAGUCUGCCGUCGCUCAGCCUGACCAGAUCAUGUUCUAGGCGACGGAGACAUUCUGUGGGGUCAUAUGAACAUCGCACAUCAGUACAAUUAUGCCAAAUGGGUGGUGCGCGAGACACUGGGGCCCCAGAUUUGCAUAUCAGGUGCUGCUGCUUGGGAUCUCACUCCCAGGGCGUGCUGGUUCGUACGAGACGGAAAGUUUCGAGCUCCGCGGCAUGUGCAUGUUUCAGAUCUUCGAACGCGCAUCCCCCAUCCCGUAACAGAGCCCUGAAAUUAUGAGUUGGCGCUUGGUUCACCUCCAACAAACGUCUGUCUUAGCUCUACGAUCAGAUGAAAAACCUCAAACGGUGCAGCUCAGUUCUCACUCGGCGCGGUUGACGAUUGACGGCGUUCGCGUGGGAAGAUAGAGCGCGUCCGCGGUGGCACUCGACUUGAGUUGAUAGCGAUGAGCAACUCCAAGUCAGAAGCUCCUCGCGAAGACGCCCCUGGCCGGUCCUGUUCUACUUCCGAGCCCAAAGUUCUCCAGUCCCAGGGGCACUGCCAGAAGAGCUAAGCGGAUCGGCGCCCCUACAUUCUUUUCAUCUUCCAUGCGUUGAAUUCCAUCUUGACCGCCGAUGCUUUCACCAUCGGGCACCAGGACCACUGCGAUGUCCAUCUCAGCCUCCGCCGCGUGCACAGAUUCUUCAACACAAUCGGCCGUCUAGUCCCACAGAGAGCCUUGCGGCAGCGGGUGAAGGAUCCCCACAGAGCUGCCGUUAGCAUCAUCGACGACGUUGACGACCAGAAUGCCUGCCGAUUCUCCUCCAAGUAUUCCAAGGCACCGACUAUAGAUAGCAGACGAUGAGGGCUCAAGAGCCGAAGGAUACACACCAACAUCCUCUUCGCCGCUUAAAAAUGGCCUAGAUUCCCGCCCCAUUCUUCCGUUCGUCCGAAAAGCGGCUGCGGGCAGUGCCCACAAAACCGGUGUGCAGAUACCGGAUCCGAAAGAUGGCGGCUCUGGAUGAGAGCUCGUCCGUGCGUCAUGGAAGAGCCGGGACCGCGCACGCGGUCGGGGAUGCGGUGAAUGUACCAUGGAUUUGAAUGCCGGUCGUCAUCCAUGAGAGAGCGAACCAUCGGUAGAAGCGGGCUGCGGAAUCAAAGCGCGAAAGAGCGAGUGCGAUGGGAGAGGAUAUUUCUGAGUCAUCCGACUGACCUGUAUCGCAAGGAAGCACAUUGGAGAGCCGAUAAAGCAACCGAGACUCGGAUCGGUCGUGACCCGGGGAAGUAGUCUAGGGAUUGAUACUGACUUCGACGUCCGGCAUCUCUCAUCAAGAUUGAUCACUUUCCCGCGGCCAACUGUCACUUUUCGAACUCCGAGUGGACUGUGGACUGUUGCGGACUGCAGCGACAUCCCGGCCAUCAAAUUCCGCUCCAAAAAUAGGUGGCUGUGGUGUGGUAGCCACCUCCUUCGACCAGAUCCAUUUCACUCAGUACACAAUCAAUGUUGGAGGUGUGAUGGCUACCCAGGCAGAACGAACAUUAGGGUCGUUUCGAUUUCUAACCCAAUUCGUGUUGUACCACCGGCGAGCGAGAUACCCGAUUCCCACGUCUCGUCGGGCCUAUUGACGCCGGGUUGGAUACCGAAGUGUGCGGCAUUACACUGCAUACAUACAUACUAAAGACGUGGGCUGCGGCUACCCUAGUCAUCUCCAACUUCUCUCUCCCGAUCUUGCCAUGGCUGCCCCUAGUCCACCGCUCACGCUAGAAUUUGCGACCAACAGCGUGCGGAACACCACCCUCUCGUCCGGGUCCGACGAUCCGUACUACGAGAUCGUCACCCGCUUCUGGCACCCGAAGAUCACCAAGAUACGCCGCCUCGACCAGGGCACGCGGCUGAUGUCGACCGUCUGCGAGAUCGACGCGGGCCCGCACGGGCGCGCAGCCAAGGUGCGAUUCGCCGAGCCCUCCCCGCUGGCGCUGCACGACAAGGAGCUGAACUGGGGCGAGUGGGUCGACUCGGAGGCGCUCAUCAAGAUGGCCGAGGGCAAACAAGGCGGGAUCUUCGUGGACACGGACGGCACGGAAUACCGCUGGAAGACGCAGAAACGCAAGUUCCAGCUUGUGCGAGUCGGCGACGAGACGCAGAAUCCCGUCGUCACGUUCCACGGCCACAAGCGCCCGCUUGGCGUGUGGUGGAUGAUGUCUGAACACUCUAAAUUGGAAAUACGCCCGCCGAUCCAGGAUCUCGAGAAGUUGAUCGUCACAUUUUUGUUGGUGGAGCACGAGACAUGCGUUGAAGGAUCGGGUGGACUUUGGACUGAGCCAACCGCAUUGAUUACAUUCCCGGCACCGCGGCAACAGCUCGUCCCGAAGGUUCGAGAUCUUCAUGUCAGUAAUGAUCUGGAGGGGCUCACUGAAAGUGCCGCGGAGUGCCGCAGGAGCACUCCUGCGGUACUCCUGCGGUACUCCAAAUACUCCACAUCAUUGAUCUCGACGACAACAACAACGAUCAACAUACUAUCCACAUCGGCCGAGUCGUUGAUGGACGUGGGAGUGAUCCGCGCAGGCAGCGGGACUACUGCAGACGCCGUUGUCGUCGGCGGCAGCGAUCGAGAUCCCACUCCUGCGGCACUCCAGAACAUUGUGCCGCAGACUCCACAGCACACCGCGGCACUCCUGCGGAACCUCUGGCAACACUCCAAACAAGUCUGCGGCACUCCAAAAGAGGCUGCGGCACUCCAGUGUGACGCAUGUGACAUCUCUGCGGCACUCCAAAGCACAGCCACUCUCUGGAGAGCGCCGCAGGCACAUCCAACACUGUCUGCGCUAGUCAAUCCCUAA